AUGGACAUGGACACUACGCCGGCGCUCUACGGCACCCCCGCCUCCGCCGGCCCCGGUCCAACGACAAUGCCGGCGCCCUCGCCAUCUGCUCACAUCCCCUCGUUCGAGUCACAUCCCUCGGCGACUGCAGGGCAAUCAGCAGCAGCCGCGGCAGCAGCCGCCUCCUCGACAGGGGCUGCUCAAAGCCGUCCCUGCGACAUAUGUCGUCAGCGUAAGACGCGAUGCGUCCGCGAGGAGGGCCGCGACAAGUGCGUCAUGUGUUCAUUUCAUGGCCAGCCGUGCACAUAUCUUCGCGGGCCGCUCCCGCGCAAGCGCCGGAAGGCCACCGAUCCCCCGGAGCAGCGUCCGUCCACCAAUGGUUCCGUCUCAGCGCCCGCAGGUCCUCCACCCGCUCCCGUCCCGCUGGACCCUCAGGAAGAGAUAACACACCCCUCUCCCGAGUUGCUAGAGGCCCUGUCACCGUCCCUCGCCGGCUCAGAACACGCCGUUACCUUCCACCAACCCUCCCUCCUCGAUGGAACCCUCGGUCUGCAUCUCAAGACCCAUUCCGAGUACGUCGGCAACACGAACUACCGGGAACCCUCCCUGCUAGACUUACACCGUCCUCAUGACCCCGCCAUCAGGUCUGUCCGCCGUCUCGAUGAAUCGACCGUCUUCCUCAUCCACCGGGAUCGAGAAACCUCUUCAGAACCUCAGAGAAUAGCCGACCUCGACGCCAUAGAAAAGGUUGUCCACCCCCUCGGCUCGACACUUGUGAACCUCUAUUUCCGCAUCGUCCACCCCAGCUUCCCCGUCCUCCACAAAAAGGUCUUCCUUGAGAAAUACGCACGCUCCUACCAUGAGUUCUCCCCGCCCCUGCUGGCUGCUGUCUACCUCCUGGCCCUAGACUGGUCCCUCUAUGACCGCACCCUAGCCACCUCCUCAUGGCAGCCCGACCAGACUGCUCUGGAGGCCCUUGCUCUCCGCACCAUGAGCGAUGACAUGAAGCGGCCCAAGAUCUCGACCCUCCAGGCGGGCCUGCUCAUCCAGCAGCGCUUCCGGAACAACACCUGGACCUUCACUGCGCAGCUCAUUGCCUUGGCACAGGGCCUCGGCCUCCACGUGGACUGCAGCGACUGGGCCAUCCCGGAUUGGGAAAAAGGUCUCCGCCGCCGUCUCGCUUGGGCGCUCUUCAUGCAGGACAAGUGGGGGGCCCUCGUCCAUGGCCGGCCGUCACACAUCCGUCUCGACGAGGACUGGGACGUCCGGCCGUGCUGCAUCGAGGACUUCCCCGAGAAUGCCGCUGACGAGGAGCACGACCCGGAGGGCAGCGCCGAGGUAGUCGUCGGUCGCGAGCUUUUCCUGCGGCAAAUUGAGCUGUCUCUCAUACUCAGCGAUGUGCUUGGGACGUUUUAUACGGCCAAAGCUACUCGUCGCGGCGGCACCCUCGAUCAGAUCGGCACUGUAGGCGUCGCCGAGCUCGCGAAGCCCAUCGUGAUGAUGCUGCGGGAAUGGUACGCCAAACUCCCAGAAGCUCUCCAGCUACAAGAGACGCGCCUCAAGAAGCUCUCAGCAAAUGUCCGCAACAUCUCUUCCACCGCGCCGCCGGAGCUCCGCGCCGCCAUUCGCACAGGCGCUCGCUCCCGCCUCGCCGCCGCAUCCACCAUGAUCUCCAAUCUGCAGAUGGAGCACAUUCAGUCCUUCUGGGGCUUCGCCGCCUCCGCCCAGCUCGCCGGCAUCGGCUCUUUUGCAGGCCUCCUUUGGGCCACCUCGGACGACGACACCGAGGCCAUGUACUACGCCGACCGCGUCGAGGAGUACCUCUGGAGCCUCAGAGUGCGCGCGCAGGCGGCGCCGUUUGCGAGGGAGGCGCUGAGGAUGCUCGAGUCGGAUGUCAGCGGGCUGGGCGCCGUGAGGGCCGCUGCUGAGGUUAAGAUGUGA